UUUCGUGGCCAGUUAACCAUUAAUGUGUUGGGAUAUUAUGAUAAUGUCUUGUUGUAUACCGUUUUAGUUUGAUACGGACUACACAUACACUGGUAUGCAAUGAAUGUGUCUGCCGCUGUAACAUUUCACGAGGUGACGCUCUUCAGCCAGCGAGCACGCGAGGAGUUGAGGGUUUCUAGCUAGUUAGUUAGCUUAGCUGUGAGCGAAUGUGCUAGUAAUCUAGCUUAAAUAUUAAGGCAUGUAGCAAACGUUAGAAAGCACAUCAACAUUCAUCACCUCGAACCCGUGGGACUAAAGCUACGUCGCAGAUUAACCACCAAGUCCACGGAUGCCACAGUGCAGUACAGCAAUAGCACUUCCACGUCACACGUAAACUGGUCAAGGCAUAAAGGAUCCAACUUGAACGUCUCCCCGAGGUCGAAGCCCAAGAGCAAGAUGUCAAUCACAAACACUCCCACAAGUAAUGAUGCCUGUUUGAGCAUUGUGCACAGCCUGAUGUGCCACCGACAGGGAGGGGAGAGUGAAAGCUUUGCCAAGCGGGCUAUUGAGAGUCUUGUCAAGAAGCUAAAAGAGAAGAAAGAUGAGCUUGAUUCCCUGAUCACAGCCAUCACUACAAAUGGAGCUCAUCCUAGCAAGUGCGUAACCAUACAGAGAACUUUGGAUGGACGACUACAGGUUGCAGGGCGCAAAGGUUUCCCCCAUGUUGUCUAUGCCCGACUGUGGCGAUGGCCUGAUCUACACAAGAAUGAGUUAAAACACGUGAAAUAUUGCCAGUAUGCCUUUGACUUGAAGUGUGACAAUGUCUGUGUCAACCCCUACCAUUACGAGAGGGUCGUCUCGCCAGGCAUUGACUUAUCGGGGCUGACGCUUUCGGGUUCAGUUCCACUCCUGGUCAAAGAUGAGUAUGACUACGACAUCCACCAAUCUUACCCAAGCUCUGAAAGCCACCUGCAGACCAUCCAGCAUCCCCCGUCGAGGCCCAGUCCACAGGAGAGCUUCCUCAACCCCGCCCUACUCCCCCUCUCAGAGGGCAGCGGUGCAGCCUCAACCUCUGCUUUCUGUUCCAUCAGCGCUGGACCCUCAAAUCCUAACUGGAGCAGAAACAGCAGCUUCACCCCUGCAGUACCACAACAUCAAAAUGGGCAUCUGCAGCAUCACCCCCCCAUGCCUCAAACAGGGCAUUAUUGGCCGGUAACCAACGAAAUUGCGUUCCAGCCCCCACUGUCCAACCACCCUGCUCCAGAAUACUGGUGCUCCAUCGCGUACUUCGAGAUGGAUGUCCAAGUCGGGGAGACCUUUAAGGUGCAGUCCACAUGUCCGAUAGUGACUGUGGAUGGUUACGUGGAUCCAUCAGGAGGGAAUCGCUUUUGCUUGGGCCAGCUGAGCAAUGUCCACAGGACAGAGAACAUCGAGAGAGCCAGGCUCCACAUUGGCAAAGGCAUGCAGCUGGAGUGCAAAGGGGAAGGAGAUGUCUGGGUGCGCUGCUUGAGUGAUCACGCAGUGUUUGUGCAGAGCUAUUACCUGGAUCGAGAGGCUGGACGCGCCCCCGGAGAUGCAGUUCACAAGAUCUACCCCAGCGCUUACAUCAAGGUGUUCGACCUGAGUCAGUGCCACCGGCAGAUGCAGCAGCAGGCGGCGACGGCUCAGGCAGCAUCCGCGGCCCAGGCAGCGGCCGUGGCCGGUAACCUUCCCGGGCCCGGCUCCGUGGGAGGCAUCGCCCCGGCCAUCAGUCUGUCUGCUGCCGCCGGCAUUGGGGUCGAUGACCUGCGCAGGCUGUGCAUCCUGCGGAUGAGCUUUGUGAAAGGCUGGGGGCCCGACUACCCACGGCAAAGCAUCAAAGAGACACCUUGCUGGAUCGAGAUCCAUCUACACCGAGCUCUGCAGCUGCUGGAUGAAGUUCUGCACACCAUGCCCAUCGCUGACCCUCAUCCCCUGGACUGAGCCAAGAGACGGGAACUGUACAAAGUAAGCAGAGAACAAUCGGACUUUCUGACAAAGCACUCCACCUGUCGGCCUGGGGGGCCGCAGGGGGGCCGAGUAGCUUGUGGAAGUAUGAACAAGGACUUAAAGGGUGGCAUUUAACUUCUAACGCACUGCUGUUAAAUCCAGCGCGACAAGCAGUUGCUCGUAUAGGGAAUGAGACUCCAGGUCUGUAAGCGACAGUGACUUCCCAACAACAGCUGGAGGAACGUGUGAAAUGCAAUGGGAGGAGUGGGAGCACUCCUGCUGCCGAGAGAAGGAGAAAGGUCUCCACAGCCAGAUUAAAAGAUGCAAAAAGCCUCUCAAUUAUUAAAUUAGCCUUGGGGCAAUACAAAAGAAAUGCAGAACUACAAGAGAGUCGUGUCAAUUGUAAAAUAAUUCAUACUCAGCCGCCGUCAUUUUUUUCCAUAUGAACAAUUCAAGAAUUUAAGAGUGAGAGAGCCACCGUUAACGAACCGACAAAAUAAGAAAAAGCUGCGCACAAUGGGAGGCCUUGAAUUGGACGGAAACAUCGGAACAUGCAAAAUCGAUCCGGUGCUCCUCCACUGGCUCCGCUGCCUGUGCGGCUUCAUGGAAGUUUUCUCCUCACGAAUCAAGACAUUUAUGUAAAAUCAUGUUCAUUAUUACUUGUGUUUUUGUAAGAUGUAAUCUUAAAUAUCUUUCAAUGCUGACAGUCCUUCUUUGAUUUGUUUUUCUUUUAUAUUCCCCUUUUGAGUCGUUGUUUUACCGAUGUAACGAGCAUUUGAGAAUCCCCUUUUAGCGGACCUCAGCUUCUCCUUCAACACCAUCAAACUUCCAUUAUUCUACUGCCAGUUGAGGCUCUUAUGAGAUUACAAAAUUAGAUGUUUUUCAAAUGCUAAAUUGACAAAGAAAUGAUUAAAUAAUUUCAAAUGAAACUGUUAUAACACACAUUGUAAUAUUAUUUAUAAUUGUCCUUUUAAUAUUUGAUGCCCACAUAGUGUCCAUUAGCACUUUAUUAAUUUUUAAAACAGUAUUGUUUUGUUUUAUAGUCUCAUGCAUGGUUUCUUGUUGUACCCAUAUAAUUUCUUAUCAGAGUUGAACAUUUUUAACAUUUUUUAUCCAUGACAUAUUCAUUUCACAUUUGCACAUCUGCUUAAAAUCAAUUGUUUCAGCAUCAAACAGCCGGCCACAGCAGGGGUACAAUGUGCAUUUAGCUCAAUUCUUGCAAACUGAUGACGAUUUGGAUCAAGUUAUGAAGCAGGAAUGGUUUAUGGAAUUGGAAAUGUCGGGAUGAAUAAAAAAACGCCUUUCAAACCGACAGGCAAAUGAAUCUUUACUCAAAAGCAGCAUUCAUGGGAGGGCGUCUCUCAGCAACCGCUGAGCGAAGGUCAAGGAGUUAAGGAAUCAACUGUGAGGAAGAGUAAGCCAUAUCGACGCCAAAUAGAUCGGAAGAAAAGUGAGACGUUAUCAGACUGCAGUGGUUUCAUUGUAAUGUUGUUUCUUGAAGUUUGGUUUUAAUCAUCAACUGAUUGAUUUCAGUUUUUGCUCAGCACAAAUCAAUAUUUUGGUAUUUGGAACUGGUUACCUACAGCUGUUGCAGUAUUUUGUAUCUAUAUCUCUUUUGCUACCUUUACAGUGAUGAACCACAAAAGAAUGCUGUACAAUUUUCAGGAAAUGCAACUUCAUGCUCAUCUUAAUCUUUACAAGUGUGUUACAUUUUAAAUAUGUAUGGAGUUUGAAUGAUAUUGGUGUUUAUUUGUACGAGUAUGGUUGAAUAAAGUUCAAGGGGCUAACACUA